AUGGCUAAUGAUCAGGAGUCGAACAGUCGUUUCGAUCCUAGCACAACUCCCAGGCUGCAGUAUCCGACCUUUCCUCCGCUGAGCCGCUCCGUCGAAGAGUGGCUCUCCCAGUCUCGUCCGACCAUGUCGACCAGCCCUCUACAGCCGGAACGCUCCUCCAGCGCUCUGAGUGAGAGCUGGGCUACGCUGAGCACUUCCGAUAUUCACUCGGAAGACGAAACACGCUCCGAACAGACCGAUAUAGCCUCCCUAAUCGACCAGAACGGCCCAGAUGACGUUGCUAGCCUUGAUGACCGAGCUAGCAGCAGCUACACAGACGAUAACGAUGCCAAUGAAGACGACGUUGUCGAUAACUAUGGUGCAGAGGACGACGACGAGGAUAAUGAUGCAGAGAGUGCUGUUUCAGACUCACAAAUGCUUCCGCGUCCGCUUUUCGCUCGCGAUUUUGACCUCCCGGCUGUAGAUGACAGCAGCCUCACGACCAGGACGACUUUGUUCCAUCCAUCCGAGUCCAUUGAAUUCUCGGAGCCUGAGAAAUGGCCUGAAGUGCAGAGGGUCGAGCUCAAGCACACUAUCAGCAUUCUAGAUGACCAGGAAACGGCUAUUCUUAAAGACCAGCUUCCAAUGAAUCUUGCCGAUGACUGUCAACUCGCCAUCACUGUGCAACAGACCAUGACUAAACAGGGACUAGACUUGGACAAACCAUUCCGCGUUCUUUAUAUGGGCAAUCCCGAAUUUCGUAACAUAAUUCUCGACAAGAUUGGCGACGUUCUGGUCUCGAGCUCGACCCAUAGCUUAGGGAGCAGCUCAACGGAGUCUUCUCGGUACCAUGUUGUGCCCACCUCAUUUGGAGUUGGAGCUACGCCAAACUAUGCAGAGCUUCUUCCCAUUCACGUGCAGUUAAUCGUUGAUGAAUGUCUUGAUGCUGUUUCGGAGGCACGCCGAACCCUCAACCACAGCAACAUUACACUCCAUUUCAAAAAUCGUCCAUCUUGCACAUCAGUUUGGACCGGAUUUGAGCAUCAGAUUGGUUCAGAAAAUGAAUGGACCCUUCCAGAUCUCUCUAUUUUCCUUAUCUCGGACCGGGAUAGUGAAGACAAUGUGCGUGCGAGGCACGUCGCCCAGAGCUUCAUGAAGACUCAUGGCAUCCCAAUACUGAUCAUAUCCGAGGAACCCCUUUGGAAGAAGAAUGGUCAGCGCUUGUUUCCUUUUGAUCACCAGGGCCUGCAUCUCUGCCUAGAAUCUCGCCGUUCUCUCACAGGGGAGAGUGUCGUUGUAGAACGCUAUCCCAUCGAUGUCAAGACAUUUGAAUCGAUAACACCCAGCCAACUAAACCGGCAUCUUGCCUCGCUUUCGGAAUUACAUCCCAAAAAGCAGCCUUCUAGCUCCACGACUCUCCCGCUUACGAAACCUCUUGAGUCAAAGGCAUUCUACGAUGCUGAGAAGUACCCGACUGCCAGUAUCUUGGCUUGUAGUGGGCGUGCCCCAGAUUUUGCACCUUGGCUACGUCUUGUAAUGCUGUCUAUUGUUUUGGCGAUCUCGGUUUCGCUAGGAUAUACCGUUUUCCGCGCUAUAGCUAUAUUUCUUCUACAAUUCUAUGCACGAUUCGCCAUGUCUUCAUCAUCGGAUGCAAACCUCGUUCCAAGUACUACAAUGGCCACAGCUAUCAUGCCGUCCACUAACUCACUGACUUCACUUUCAUUGAAAGACCAAAUUACCGACUUGACAGUCUCGAAUAUGGGUGACUUUUCGGAAAUUUCGCAGCUACUUACAGAUCGGCAGGCCAAGAAUGAUGAUACCUUUCAGUUCCAGGUAAUUGGUGAUUGCCAUGUUAUUAUCAAGCAGCCAGUGGCAACGAAGAACAAUAGGUUUGAUAUCAAGGUGACACGAGGGAGUGUCUCUCUGCCCUACGAACUUGCAAAGCUGUUUGACGGUGUCUAUACUCUCCGACUGAAUCGCGAGGAUGCAUACGGUCUUGUCAACGUAAGCGUGUCCUCAAGGUCUAGGCAGCCACGAGAGCAGAGUCUUGAGGUCGAUUUUGGUACGCCGUGGCUGAAGAUUGAGAACUGGAAACGAGCGGCGCAAACGGUAUCGUCACAGAUUAGGAGAGAUUUGGACAGUGCCCAAACUGGCCUCUCAGAUAUAUAUGCCCGUCUGUCUACGGACGUACAAGUAUGGAUGGGUGAUGUGGUCAAAAAGUCGCACACUAUACGACAGGAAGCCGAGUCGCUUCGCGUGGAUGAUAGGCAGUUCAAGGCCAGUCUUGACGCCAUCAUAACACGCUCAAAAGAAAUAAGCAAUAUCAUCACACGCAGCACGUCACAACAGUUCAAAGUGGCUACCACGGUGCUAGAGAAGAUACACAAGCAGAGCAUCGCUUUGAACAAAGAAGCCCGUGACAUUAUCAACGCAACCCGAAGUUUUUGGGGUACUCGAUCAAACGAUUUGCACAUCCUCAAAAACUCCAUUCAAGAUGCCAUAGCCAUGCCUUCCUGUUCUUCUCCUUCGAGCUUCCUAGUUCGAGCGCAAAAGUCAGCAAAGAAACUCACCGAACAGAACUUGAGGCGUUUCACAAAGCUCUUGCAGCGACCCCGAGAAUAA